AUGAAAGUGAACGAGAUGCUGAUGGCUUUGCUUCUUAAGUUGGGAUUCAAGUCGCAAAAUCAUUAUGAAAUAACCAACGAUACUGAAGCAAUUGAUCAAAGUCAAGGUAUUACCGAUUCUGCUGAUAAUUGCAAUCAAACGUUAGAGUCGCAAAAUCAUGAUGAAAUAACCAACGAUGCUGAAUUUGUGCCUAAUUUGAAUGAAUCAAAAGCGAUUCUGCAAAAGCAGGAAACUGUUGAAUCAAAUAAACAAGUUGUUGCAAAUCAGGAGGAUGAGGAGAGUAUGGAGAGCAAGAGUCAAGUCGAUUCUGCGAAUCUUGAGAAUUUAGUUGAAGAAGAGGAAGCGGCGCUGGAUGCUGAUGAUGAGAAGGAAGGGAAUAAAAAUAACAAGGAAGAUUGUGGGGAGAAUAAAAGGAGUAAGGAGUUGUUAGGGAGGAUGAUGGAGGAUAAUGAGAAAAUAAUGGGAUUGAUGACUGUGUUGCUUGAGAGGAACGAAAUGCACAAUAGGUUGUUGAGUGCAUUGUCUCGAAGGGUGGAGCGGCUGGAGAAGGUAUUUUUGUGUGACAAGUUGAGGAGAAAGAAGAGGAGAAGUGUUGUUGGCUCUGAUGAUUGUGUUGAGAAACGCCGGAUGUCGAAAAAUGUGGAAUAG